ACAACUGUUUCGUUCGGUUUUCUUGAUUCCAAUCAAUCAUCUGAAGGUGCUGAUAGAACCUAGGUCCAAUACUUUCGCCCAAAUUUGUCGCAAUUAUGUCUGGCUCACGUACAGCUCAAUACCCUUUCGAUCACACCAAAGCAGAAGUUAUUCUGCGCUCUUCCGACAAUGUCGACUUUUACGUUUUUAAAACAUUCCUCUCUCUCUCAUCCACCGUGUUCAGCGAUAUGUUCGACAUGCCACAACCAGAGGACAAUGAUUUCGAGACGCAUGACGGUCUCCCUGUCAUCCAAGUCAGCGAGGACAGUACGGUGAUGGACAGAUUGUUAAGAUAUUGUUAUCCACAGAUCCUGGUAGGAAACCCAAAGUUAGAGACCAUCGAAGAAGCUACAAACCUCCUGGAGGCAGGGAUCAAGUACGGUAUGGAUGAGAUACAAAAAGCCAUGAAGAAGGCACUCAUCUCAUCUCCUAUAAUCGACAACAAUCCUACCGCCGUAUAUACCAUAGCAUGCCACUAUAAAUGGGACGACGGGGCUUUGGAAGCCGCAAAAUACCGUCUACGACAGCCAAAUUUACCCAUUGAUAGUGCCGAUGUGGAUGGUCUCACAGGUGUAGAGGUAUUGAAGCUCUUGGACCACCAUAUCCGGUGCGCGGAUGCUGCUCUCAAGCUGACAGAACCUACCUACUGGGCUGAGGUCCUUUCACGCAUAAAUUUUUGGUCAUCUGUGAUGCAGAAGAUAUGCGAUUGUCUCCAACAUCAACCCUAUGAGGCAACGUCAAUAAUCAGGGGGAUGAAGCCGUGGUGGGUAGUGUACAUCCAGUCGACCUCCCUGGAAUUAAAGGAGAAACCAAGUGGAGAAACAUUGAGGAGAGGAAGAGAAAAAGCUAUAGACAAAUCGAAUGAAAUCGCUUGUCGUCCAUGUCGGAAAACACUUACGACAUUUAUGGUGGAGUUCAUAAAUUUUUAUGCGGACGAAGUGGACAGGGUGACCUCGAUGAUAAGUCUGAAUGCAAAUGACAAUGAAAAUGAUAGCAAAGUGGUUGGCGUCUGAUUCUAAAGGAAAUUUGCAGCUUUACACGGCUAGUCGUGAAGGAGUCGGUGCCCUUGCUUCCAGAGCUAGAAUAUCUUUCAAUACUUAUCAUUACAUGCGGUUAAACUACGUACUAGCGCCUACUUCAUGAAAAAGGCUGAACGCCUGCACAUUUUACUUUAUUGAAAUAUAUGAAUAUCAGUCAAAUACACAAUU